AUGCUUUCAAUAGAAAAAGAAAAUUCUAGAGUUGCUACAACUAAACCAUUAGAUGAACUUUUUACUAAUGUCGGUCAAAAGUUUGAGACAGAGACCGUAAAGCAUGAAGGCUAUCGU